AUGGCGCCAGUUGCCCUUGAGAUCGUGGGUCUCCUUCUGUCGGUGAGCGGGCUGGUCUGUUCGAUCCUGAGCUGCGCGCUGCCCCUGUGGAAGGUACCGGCUUUUCAAGGGGCGAACAUGGUGACCGCUGUGCAGACCUGGGAGGGCUUGUGGAUGGACUGCAUCUGGCAGAGCAGCGGCCAGCUGGUCUGCAACCCCUUCAACUCUGUGCUGAGCCUGGGCGGGAAACUGCAGGCAGCCAGGGCGCUGAGUACCACCGCGGCCGCGCUGGCGGCCCUCGGCAUCCUGAUGUCCGUGAUGGGCGCCAGCUGGACCGAACUCAUUCGCGGGCCGGCCUGCAAGGUCCGCCUCACCUCGGCAGCCGGCUUCAUCUUCCUGCUGACCGGCGUCCUGCAGCUAAUCCCCGUCUCCACCACAGCCAACAGCAUCAUCAGCGACUUCUACGGCGACUCCGUCCCCGAACACGCCAAGAAGGAACUGGGACCCUCCUUGUACCUCGGCAUAGCCGCCGGAGUCCUCUUCAUCGCCGACGCUUGCUUCUUGUGGGUGUCCUGUUACAGGCGCAGAGGUCGAGAUACUCAGCUGGGCCACCACACCCCGGCUCAGGCAGACACCAGCCUAAGCCAGUAUGUCUAGGGAAAGUUCACGGGAACUCGAGUCCUGAUGAAGGGUCUCAGCCAGAAACGUCGAGAGUUUAUUCCUCUCCAUUGAUACUGUCAGACUUGCUGAGUUGUUCCAGCAUUCUGCGUGUUACAUUAGAAUCUCUAACAGAGACUCGGAUGCCAUGUGGGGACCGGCUCUUGUAAAACUCAUUGGAAUCGCGCUCCGUUUUUCUUCGAGCCUGUGAGCGUUCCUUUAACAAGGACAUUGAAUUAAAGUAGGAUUCAGCGGGAGAUGUCUGGGCGUAACUCGUUCAUGCCGAAUGUGUUGUCCACCGAGGCCGUCAGCGCUGCCCGCGUUUGGCUGGUAGCCCGCCGUCCUUGGGCCGAAGAGCCUGUUUCCCUCUCUGUGACUUUAUUAGGUCUGUUUCAUAGUUGGUCAAUAACCAUAUUUGAUCCAUAUUUCUAUAACUAAAGGUUACGGGGAGAAGGCAGGAGAUUUGGGAUUAUAAACCAGUCAUGAGGGAAUGGGGAGGAGCAGAAUCGACGGCCCGAAUGGCCUAACCCUGCUUCUAGGUCUCACGGUCGUACUCUGUUAUAACAGGAGAAGGCAGUUCAGUCCAUUGAGCGCGGAACAAUCAAACCCACCCACACUAAUUUUCCUAUAACCUACUCUCCCGCUAUUCCUUACAAUACCCUACCACCCUCUAUGGAUAUUAGCGAGACUUGGCAUAGCGCGUAGUGUUCACCGUCUCGGGUCUGGUCCUGAUGCGAAGGUUCGAGCCGAUUCGUCGGUAUUUCCUCAGACAACAACCCCCCUCCCCCACAGACGCCGCUCAAUCCGAGCAGAUUGUGUGUUGCUCCUGAUUCCCGCAUCUGCACUCACCAUGCAUAUGGCGAUAAUUUACGUCAAUCGCUGUUACUCACAAUGGUUCAGACAAACAUAAAAAGAGAGAGAAAGACGCCAAUAAAGCCACAUCCACAAAUCAUGGUAAAGACUCUUAAAAAUUAAAGACUUUCAAAAAUCGCUGCCAACACUGUCCUUAUCAGGGAGGCAACGUUUUUUAUAUUGGCCGAUAUCCAAGCAUCCUAUUAACGAGUAAUCAAAAGGAAACAAAUUCCUCGGCUCAAACUACGUAAGUAAAAUAGCUGAGCUAAUUUACAGUGGUCCGCUGAACUAUAAAGCCAUUUCAAAGAGGGGGUGACUUCCGUCUGAUAUAGAGCAUAGAACAGCCCAGCCCAGGCCCUUUGGCCCUGAUGUUGUGCUAACUUUUUAAUCUACUCAAAGAUUAAUUAAUCUAACCCUCCCCCCUCGCCCCACACACACGCAUUUUCUAUCAUCCAUAUGCUUCUCCAAGGCUUAAGCGCAUCUAAUGUAUCAGCCUCUAACCGCCUCUCCACGGACCCGGCAGUGCCUUCCGCUUUCCACUCACCCACCGGUCUCUGUGUGAAAAACCUACCUCUGGCGUCCCCCUUCUGGAUGAUAGGAAACUGGAGGGCUAUACGCGAGAGGAGUGUUAGAUUGAUCUCGGAGUAGGUUACAAAAACAGCCGGCAUGACAUCGUGGGUUAAACUGCCUCUACGUUCUAUAAAAAUCAUCAGUUCAAUAGUUGGGACACUUCAGAAUCGGAAUCAGGUUUAAUAUCACCGGCAUGUGUCGUGAAGUUUGUUGUUACGAGGCAGCGGUACAUUUCAAUACAGUACAUAAUAAUUAAAAGCUAAAUUGAAGUAAGAAUAUAUAUCUAUCCUCUAUCCCUCCCCCUCCUGUCUUCUCCUAUCAUUUUGCAUCUCUCCCUCCCCCUCCAGCUUUCAAAAUCCUUACUCACUCUUCCUUCAGUUAGUCCUGACAAAGGGUCUCGGCCUGAAAUGUCGACUGUACCUCUUCCUAGAGAUGCUGCCUGGCCUGCUGCGUUCACCAGCAACUUUGAUGUAUGUUGCUUGAAUUUCCAGCAUCUGCAGAAUUCCUGUUGUUUGCAUAUAUAUCUAUUUCUAUCUCUCUCUAUAUAUAUACACAUACACAUAAAUUUAAAAAGUUAAACUAAAUUAGUAGCACAAAAAGAAAAUUUAAAGUAGUAAGGUAGAGUCCAUUCAGAAAUCUAUUUGUAUUCUAUUGUACAAUCCGUCCAGCUGUAGGGGUUCCCCGUAUAAAGACAGUGGGAAAAGUCGAAGUCGUCUCGGGGAUUGAAUGGGAUUGCGGAACAGUCUACAAUGCUCGUCCUGUGUGAAGAACUUUCCAUUCUCGGAAGAUAAUACCUGUAUUUUUGCUGGAUACGUUGGUCUCUUUUUAUUAUCCACUUAUGAAAUUCCCUCAUAAAGCUGCGCUGUUUCUGUCUGGGAGGAGUUCAACUCGAACACUAAUGUCUUGCGGCUACUUCUGAUAUUGCCACGUUUUCCGUGAGGAGAAAGAUUCAAUGAGAAUCCAUACUGUACUAACGCGGAAAACAUGGAGGUGGCCGAUCACAUGGGAGACGGAGGACAGGACUUGGCAGAUUACGGUCACCCCCAUUGAAAGGUGGGGGAAGUACCAGGAACGUAGAAGAUGCUGUUAUUGAUCGAACUCCACGGCAUUAAGACGUGAUACGACUGGGUUGGUCAUGGAGAAAAGAUUAGUUUGGAAAAUCUGGCUUUGAUGGAUUGGGGAGAAGUAAAAUAGUUAGAAAUAGUCCAGGCUGUAGUAUGAACAUCGAUUUCUCGAACUUUCGGUAAUUGUUCCCUCUCCUCGCUUCCUUCGCCAUUCCCCAUCCCUGUUUCCCUCUCUCACAUUAUCUCCUUACCUGCUCAUCACCUCCCUCAGGUGCUCCUCCUCAUUCUCUUUCUUCAAUGGUCUAUCUUCUCCUAUCAGACUCCCCCCCCAGUCCUUUAUCUCUUUCACCAAUCAAUUUCCCAGAUCUUUACUUCACCCCCUCCCCAUCUCCACCUUUUUACUCUAACUUCUCCCUUUCCUUUCCAGACCUGAAGAAGGGUCUUGGCCUGAAACGUCGAUUGUUUACUCUUUUCCACAGAUGCUGACUGGCUUGCUGAGUUCUUCCACCAUUCUGUGUGUGUGUUGGUUUGGCUUUCCAGCAUCUGUAGAUUUUCUUGUGUCUGUAGUUUUCAAUGCCAAGGUUUUAGGUCUGAACUAGUCAUUAGUAACCAUGAUGACAAAGCCAUUAUAUUGUUGUAAAAAUCUGCUUAAUUAAUGUCCUUCAGGAGAGGAUAUAGAGUCAUUGAUCACCACAGCACAGAAACAGUCCCCUUAGUCUACCUAGUCUAUGUCAAGCGAUUAUUCUGCCACACCUGGUCCAUAGCCCUUCAUACCCAUCCAUUCCAAACUUUUCUUAGUAGUUGCAAUUGGCCCCAUGUCUAUUUCUGCUGAUGGCUUGUUCCACACUGACACCACCCUUUCAGUGAAGACGUUCCUCCUCAGGUUCUCAUUAAAUAUUUUUCCAUUUGCCCUUAACCUAGUUGUAGUCUCACCCGACCCCAGUGGAAAGAGUGUCUCCCUAUCUGUAUAAUUCUGUAUAUCUCUAUCAUUCUCCUGUGCUCCAGCGAAUAAAAUCCUGUCUGCCAACCUUACCUGGAUGGACCUAAUGUGACUCCAAAUCCACAAAUAUGUGUUUGACUCUGACGCCAAACUGAUGCCGUUCAAUGGUGUGAACGCCAAUAUAGCCCAGGAACUUAAAAACAGAUCAAAUAACCCAGCUUAGUGCUGAGGGUUCUAGAGCUGAUGUCUGACCCCUAGAUCCUUCAAGUUGGAGGCCCAAGCAGAAGCUGAGGCUUGUGCAUUUGCAAUAUUUGGUACGCAAGGGGUUUAGGUAGCUUUAGGAACAGGGGGUUAGGUCAGGAGCAGAGCAUGAUAAUGCUUUCCAAAGGUUCUUCGGAAGUCAAGCAUGGGGCAUAAAACAUUACAUAUGUCCAUGACAAGACCAGACAAUGAAUAAGCGAGCAGAGGGAAUAAAUAAGAGGCAAAGGAAAAAGGAGUUGUGUUUGUCUCAUACUCGGAGAAGAAAUAACAAAAUUUCAGCGACAACGACUGACCUCUAAAGUAGCCAUUUCAUGUAACAUCUCAUCUGCUACUGAAAUCUAAGCGGUUUCAGGAGAAAUAGAGAAGCAGCUGGAAAAUUCACUGAACAAUUACAUGUAUACGUGUGAUUAUAUAAAUAUGAGAGCAAGCAAUGGGAAGUUAAGCUACAAGAAAAAUAGGAAAAUAACAAUUCUAGCAGCUCCAAACCCCAAUCCAACUGCUUUCUAUACAUGUGUACAUGCAGAAAGUUGUUAAAAGGAAAUUUUAUUCCAGUAGGCAAAAGCGCAUCUACGUUAUUUAAAAAUAAACAGGCAGCACUUUAUUGUACUCAGUGAGUGUUUAGGGUUUGGGAUGAACUGCCUGGGGAGAAGUGGAGACAGAUUCAACUAUAGGAUUCAAACAGCCAUGGAUUAAGUAUUGGAACAAAGUAGCAAGCUUAUGGGAAAGCACAGGGAAAUGGGUCAAGCUGGAUUGUCCAUACAUUGAGUCAGAAUAGAUAUGAUGGGCCAAAUGGCCUCCUCUGUGCUGUAACUAUUUUGUGAAAUAUUUAAUCUAGACAUAUAAUUUUUUAAUUCUGAAAACUGUUGAUUAAAUCAAUGCUAACAAUAGAAAUAAACUAAACUAAAUGUAUUCUAAUGAUAACACGAGGAAAUCUGCAGAUGCUGGAAUUUCAAGCAACACAUAUAAAAGUUGCUGGUGAACACAGCAGGCCGGGCAGCAUCGGGCCGAGCCCCUGCGUCAGGACUAACUGAAAGAAGAUAUAUCUCUUCUUACUAUCUCUUCUUUCAGUUAGACCUGACGAAGGGUCUUGGCCCGAAACGUCGACUCUAGAGAUGCUGCCUGGCCUGCUGCGUCCACCAGCAAAUUUUAUGUGUGUUGCUUGUAUUCUAACGAAGAUGUCUUAGUGCCACGUUUGAUAAUCUGAUUCUUGGGGUCUAUCAUUUCCGUGGAUGACUGGGGGCAGAUUUUACAAUUAGUCAAUACUUCCUCUAUCUGUGCUAAACAUUCCCUAAUUCAAUUUAAAUUUGUUCAUAGAGCACAUAUGUCCAAAGAUAAAUUAGCUCGCUUUUAUUCUCAUAUUAAUCCUUUUUGUGAUAGAUGUCUGGGGCAGAUAGCCUCUUUAACUAAAAUGUUUUGGUCUUGUCCUACUCUGGAAACUUUUUGGAGAGACAUUUUUAAUAUUAUCUCAAAGGUAUUGAAUAUAGAUAUCUCUCCUCACCCUAUUACUGCUAUCUUUGGACUACCUAAAAUUUCCAGUAAUCUUUCUCCUUCAGCCCGUAGAAUGAUUGCAUUUCUUACUUUAAUGGCGAAAAGAUGUAUCUUACAAUAUUGGAAAGAGCUUAAUGAUCCAACCACCUUUGUUUGGUUUUCUCAGAUGAUAUUAUGCUUGAAUUUGGAGAAAAUUAGAAGCAAUCUUUAUGAUUCCUCACUUAAAUUUGAACAGACCUGGAGAUCUUUUAUUCAAUAUUUUCAUUUAAUGUAAUUUUUUUUCCUUCUCUUUUUUGCUCCAUAUUUAUAUACCCUUCUUGUUUUUUUUACUGUUUUUAAUGGAGGUCGGGUUUGAGGACGUGAUUUUAAGUUCUUUAACUCGGUUCCAAGUUAGCCCAUUGCUUUGCUUUGCUUUUAGUUUAGUUGCACGGUGGGUUUUUUUUUCCUUUCUCUAUUGAUAUAUAUAUAUAUAAAUUAGUACACUAUUAUGUUACCUUAGUAUGUUAUGUUUAAGUUACAUUGUUUGUAUCACUUUUUUUUCCUGUAUUAAUAUC